AUGGCUGGAUCAGAGAUAUACAUUCGCCAGUUGGCGUCUAGGGAACAUCUUGAAAAGGAAACCACUCACAACUUCUAUCGCCGAAUCUUCAACCCAGAUAGCUUCGUCUACACGAGCCUCAUGAACGAAGACCCUGCAAAUAUGUUUCCAAGUCUUCUUCCACUCACAGACAUCAUGACCAUUAAGAUUGCCCUCAAGGAUAGCCUCGUUGGCGAUGAAACCAACUUCGAUGAGUUCAAGCGAGAUCCGUGUCUUCGAGCACUUGAAGACUUCAGUGGUAUAGAGAUUACUCCAUUUGAUUUCGUUGACUUUAGGCUGGAUACGCUCAGCAGACUACUGGAAGAUUGGACAUCAGGAAUGUACCAUGGGCUUGGCCCAUACUGUCCAUCUGAAUCCCAUUCUCGCCGUUUCCUCACUUACGUGAAGAGAGCAAAGAAAGGCUCCUUCAAGAAUACCCGCUUUGCGUACCACGAUAUGUUCAACGAAUAG